GAACCAAUCCUGCACCCAGUUACCCAGAAAUCUGAGAGAACACUGCCCACAGCUUCCUGAAAUGGCUGUCAGCACUGGUAGCUUCUUGGCCAUUGCCAUGGCCCUCGCUCUCCUUAGUGGCGACAUGGCCCACGCCGGCCGCCUCCUGGCCGACACCACGGAGGCAGCAGCGCCCGCUGCAACGCCUGCCGCUGUCCCAGGCAUCCCCGCGCCGAAGCCGCCCGUGCCCACCAUGCCUACAAUGCCACCAGUGCCAACCGUGCCCGCGGUCACCACACCGCAGGUCACAGUGCCCCCGAUGCCAGCCGUGCCCGCGCUCGCCGUUCCCCAGUUCACGGUACCCCCCAUGACGGCCGUGCCCGCGAUCACCGUGUCCCAGGUCACGUUGCCGCCCAUGCCGGCCGUCCCUGCGGUCACCGUGCCCAAGGUCACGUUGCCGCCCAUGCCCGCAGUUGUUGUGCCGAAGGUGACGAUGCCGCCAAUGCCUGCAAUUCCAUCCAUCUCCAUACCCAAGGUGGCAUUGCCUCCGAUGCCUUCCAUUCCCACUGUGAACGUGCCGAUGCCAACCCUUGCGCCACCUCCUUCAGCAUAGGCACGAACCAGAGCACCGGGAGCGAGAAUCUACAAUGCUGGCUCAAUGAUUUUGGCAAUGUUUACUUGAUCAUUUGAUUUUGGCCAUUUACCGUUCGCCGGCUUGUUUACAUUGUGCGGUUCCUAUUUUGUUUUUGUUUUUGUUUUUGUGUUUGUGUUUGUGUAGUAGUACUAUUGGGCUUGUCAAUGGCCAUCUCUUUUUCUUUCUCUUUGUACUGAGUUUUUACAACGAACAUGUAUGUCAUUUUUAUCACAUUUAUGUCAGACAUACUGUUAUGUACUUA